AUUCUGAGCAUCUUCCAAAUGUUCAGCCCCAGUCGUCAAGUGCUGCUCUUGGGGGCGCGAUUGAGAGGGAGGGUGACACCAAGAACGGAGAGAAAUACAUGCAUCAAUAGGCUAGGCUACAUAUUACUCCUCCUACAAACACGUUAUAACGUUGCCUACUCUGUCAAUACGGAGGAGGUAGUGUGAAUUUAAAGAGCCAGGAGAUCUGAUGAAGAUGAAGACAGUCAGUGUGGAGGUGGUGCUGAGCUUGCUGCUCUGCUCAGCUCUGUCGGCCCCUUUGAAAGGUAAAGAAGACUCCCAGAAGACCAUGUUCUUUGGGGAGGACUUCCAUCUGCAGCUGCCCUCCCUGGCUGCAGAGGUUUUGUUCCAGCCCAGUAAUGCCAAGGCGGGGGUUGAGGUGGUCCUGAUGCGGGGUGGGUCCGUGGUUGGUAACCGUGCCAAGCUCAACAUUCAGCUCAGUCACCUGAUCCUAGCGAACGUGGGCGAGGGGGACGAGGGGACGUACUCGGUGAAGAACAACGAACAGCCGGAAGAGGUCCGACGCAUCACACUCAUCGUCAGAGACUGUUCCAACGAGCAGAACAUUAAGUAUGGGGAGAACUACCACAUCCAGCUGGCGGGGGUGGAGGCUCCCAUCACCCUGGAGUAUAGGCCCAGUGCUGUGGAGGCCAACCUGACUUCCAGGCCGCCCCUGGUGCUGAUGACCCGAGGAGGGCUCUCCAGAGACGGGUACCAGGGGCGCCUGAGUGUCAACGAGCGCCGGGUCACCCUCAACGCCGUGACAGGCGCCGAUGAGGGAAGCUACACCGUCAGAGACACGAACCUGAAGAUCAUGAGGAAGGUCUGCCUAAAUGUCAAAGAACACCAGAUCUUUGUGAAGCUGCCGUACGCUGGCACCCUGAAGAUCAGCCUGAUUCUGAAUGCCUCCAUGGUGCGUCUGUUCUACACGCCCGACUACGACUUAAAAACCAGACAGAUCCUGGACGGGGGAGAGUUAACGGUGCCAGCAGACCUGGAUCUGGUGGGGAGGAUCUCUCUGGAUCCGUCUGUGGUCAUCCUGGACCAGGUCAAGGCCAGCGACGUCGGACAGUUCAAGGUCACGGACAUACUGGGGUUUCCUGUGUCCAACGUCUACCUGGAAGUGGAGGCCUACAAGCUGCCGUCCCUCUACGUGGCAAUCAUAGCACUGGUGGGCUUCCUGGUUCUCCUGCUGUUGGUGUGUCUGCUGUCCUGCCUGGUCAAGCAGAAGAAGAGGGCAGCCAAGGCCCGAGCCAUCGAGAAGAUUGCCCAAAACGCAGGCAAGGAGGACGAGGGAGAUGCCUUCAGACAGGUGGUGAAGAACAUUACUCAGUUUGAGGAGUCUAUAGCCCAGUCCAUCGACAUCACAGAGAAGUCUCAGAGCACUGAGGUGGACAUUAAAGGUCUGGAGGUGUCGUCCAAGGAGGUGGCAGGUGGUAACCUGGAGACCAGCGACUCAGGGGUGGAGUUUAACACCACUGGCCUCCCAUUGGACACUGACACUGACGUCCCCGACCAGAUUCCAGAAUCAGAGGCUGAGACUGAGAGUGUUACCUUCGUCCCAGAAACCAAGCCAAGCCCACCCCCGGUUACCAAACCUAGCCCGGUUCCCGAGAUCAAAAAAAUUCCUGAACCAGCUCCUGAACCAAAGUUGACCAUAACCAAACCCGUUGAGACCAAACUCAGCCCAAUCCCAAGCCCGGUCUCCAAGCAGGCUCCAAGCCCCAUUGCCAAAACACCUGAUCCAGCGAAAACUCCUGAAUUGAAAACUCCUGAUUUCAAAACUCCUGAUCCGAAAAUACCUGAAUUGAAAACACCUGAACCAACCAAAACUCCCGAUUUUAAAACUCCUGAACCGAAAACACCUGAAUUGAAAACACCUGAACCAGCCAAAACACCUAUUGCUGUGUCUCCAAGCCCGGUGUCCUCUAAGCCAACCCCACCUCUGACCCCUGUCUCCAAACUAACUGCACCCCAACCAUCAACCCCUGAACCCCCCAAGCUGGUGACACCAACCCCAGAAUCCCCCAAGCCUGUGACACCAAUCCAGACUCCGACCCCAACCCCAAUGCUGAGCCCUGAACCUGCUCCGACCACCAAUGGCACACCUGAACCACCAGCACCUGAAUCCAAACCUGACACUGCUCCGGCCCCAGUGGGUCUGAUCGAAAGCCCUGUCGCCAAGGCAACCCCUCCUAAAACCCCUGAAGUGGAGGUGACCGCCCCAAGUAGUCCAGCCCUUGAGGCCAAAAUGGACACCCCAGCUGAGGACAACACCGCCACCACCGCAACCUGAGAACAGUCCCUGCACUCCUCCAAGGGAAACCCCACAGACCCAUUAUCCUUUCCUUCUCCACCACUGUAGACAGACAAUCGAACACCCCCCUUACCAAAUAAGGAAGAAAUCACUGCUACUAUCGAGGCUGGGACUUCGAUUUAACACUUCUAAUGCUCGAACAUGCUGUAGGUUGUUAUGAUAGCUAACUCACCUGUACCUAACACUAACAUUAUCUUUGAGAUACUUUUUUCAAUUCACAGAUACUAUUCACAAGAUAGGAAAUAUAAGCAAGCGAGUCCAUUUUGUCAGACGUUUUAGCUGUUGUUGUUUCUUAUUGAACUUUCUAUGCUGCAUACUCUUUUUUAGUGUGUAAACUAGAGCAUGACUGCCGGUCUGCCAACAAAAUCAGUUGCAGAGUUUACAAGUAAAAUGUUAAACCGAGCUUCUUUAGAUAUAUUUGACGUUCAGAGGUGUGCAGAAUGGUUCCACAACCUUUUACAUAGAUAUAGGAACAAAUAAAUGGCAAGUGAACAUGACUCAAUCUAGUUCAACUACAUCUAUGACCACCUACUCCAUUUGUGGAAUGAUAAAACCUUUGAUGACGCCUGCUCUAAUCUCAGCAUGUGGAAAAACAGACCAAAACGAAAGCACAAACAGCUCGUAAAUUUGCAACUGACAUUUUUUAUCGCAUAUAAUGAAACCAAUGCCAUGAUUUAUCCCCUCCAAGGACUUAUAAAAGUGACUAUGACAUAACGUUCUCGUCAAACUGGAUGAAUUUAAAUCACCUUUCUAUCAAACUGGACUGGAUUCCUUCUCCUUGUGACAUUCUCUAGUAGUUUUCCUGAAACCUGGGAAUCCGGGAAUCUGGAAAUGUUCCUGCUGGUCCUCUGCCGUCCUAUAGAAACAUCUAGAAUGCUUGAAUGAUAAAACAUCCUGAUACAAAGGAUCCCCAGCAACACUAACACCUGAAUGCUAAACUCUAACAUCAAUUCCUUCUGCUAAACUAAGUCUAACUUUUGUUUAAAAUGGAUGUCUCGUGAUUGCGCUCCCAACUACGUGAGAGACUGUAUUGGUUAUAAGGUGUUGGCCAACUCUGACUGACUGUCCCAGUGGAUCUCUAGAAUCAGUUUAAUCCAAGAGAAAGAGCUUGUUUUGAUCCUUGACCUCACCCCAGCACCUGAAGACCCCAAGGACACACCUCAGCACUUUAAGCAAUCCCCAGGGAAUCUUGGGAAAUGUAGUGCUGAUUGUUAUUGUGCUGACUACAACUAUGAGAGUGGGAGAGGGAGAGGAGGAGGGGUCUGGUGAGUGAUGUCAUUGGCUUAGUCCUAACAUUUAAAAAAAGGAAUCCUCCCUCCUCUAUGUCCUUCUUUACUUCUGUCCUUCCUUCUGUCCUUCCUUCCUUCUGUACUCCCUCUUUUCCUUCCUCUCUUGCUUGCAGCACGUUGUGAAGUACAGUAUUACGGCAUGGUUUCAUCUAGCCGAUAGAUGUAGUUUUACUCUAGGUCCUGCCCUCUUGACUUCUCAUUUAUAGAUUAUGGGUCAGCCUUUAUACCCCAUGAUGACUUACAAAAGUACAGUAUGAAAGUAUAGUCUUCCCUGAGAUAAUAGAACAGACCCAUGUCAGACUAUUCCUUGCCUACACACAUCUACAUGCAUUACAGUCGUCUAUGAACUACAUACUGGAAGCCUUGAGCCAACUGUAGAUGUGUUCCACGGCUCUGAUGCCUAGUAUGGUGAUCUCACAGUACAGUAGACAUGCAGUUCUGGUUAUUUGCUCCAGCCUAAAACAGACACUUCACAAAUUAACCCACUAGCAUCCAUCCACAGCAAUGGAUAUGAUGUCAAAUCAUGGGUUGAUGUGUUCUAAUAGACUACCCUAUUGCCAUUGGUCUCUCUGACUGCCCUAAAAAGGCCCUGCGAGAACUUCACUAACUAUUAACUCACUGUACCACCAUCUCCAGGACUGUGCCAUGACGCCAUCUGUCUUUAGUUGCUUGAAGCUAUGUUGCUCUAGCCUAGAUUUACAGUGCAAUAAGACUUCGCUGGUGGUUAAAACUCCUGUAGCCGCUAUGUGUUACAAGAGGAGGUGUGCAGAUACAUUUUGCUUAACAAAAGACAUCUCUACCUCAGUGUUUUAACUGACCGUCGUGACAGACACCAUGAAUGGUACAUUGAGUUCAGUGGACUACAUCUAAAAGCAUUUAGGAUAUUUAAGAGAAGCGAAAAUAGGAGCCGUGUUAAGUUCACCAACACAUCAAUCAGUUGUUGGAACACAUAGAAAGUACAUCCAUCUUCAACUUCAAACGAUGGCCUUUCUCUUUCUAAACACUUCCACAAUUCUAAGACGUUUUUUAAUGCUAAAAUGAAUAUGAGAGUAAUAUGAAAGUUAAAAGCCAUAUGGUAAGAUAGAGAUAUAGAUGUUGACAAGUACAGUAUAUGAAUCAUGAUGAAUACAGUAUGAAUACAUUAGUGUUUGAGGGGCCUAAAUUAUUUGCUAUAUUGUCAUUCAACUGAUGUAAGUGAUGAAAUAUCAAGGAUUAUGUAAAAUUCUACCACUGAAGAGAUUUGCCUCCACUCUCAAUAUCGAUCUCGAUCUCAACCGCAAUGCUCGUUAAGCUCUGUUGUGUGGAGCCGUAACACCCAUUUAGGCAAUACUAAAAGCAGUGUUUAUCUGUUUCUACACACACACACACACACACACACACACACACACACACACACACACACACACACACACACACACACACACACACACACACACACACACACACACACACACACACACACACACACACACACACACACACACACAAACACUCGCUUCUGACCCUGCUGACGAGGUUCAGCAUUGUAAAUAUUGCAUGUGUAAGGUUUUAAGUCUCCUCUCAAAGGUUGAAUGUGUUUAGUGUAUAGAAUGGUCGUUGUAUUGUACUUGAUGAUAUAAAAAAGCUAAUCUAAUUUC